GGAUGGAUGUUAUCACUAUUCCAAGAGGCUAACGGGGUGAGGACCACACUGAGCAGCAACGCACGGCUUGGGAGAACUUCAGCUUCAUGUGGAUUUACGCAGCACGGACGCAUGGCACAGUUGGGCUGCUACGACUAGAAUAAUGCCUUUAUCGACUUUGUUUAAGAUCUGAGGGAAUAAAUAGGAGACACACACAGAAAAUGGAAUACUGAUACAUAUGGUUUGGUGUCAGGGUGCCUCAGCCGGCCGCGUCUUCUCUCCAAACUGCGCUUACUCACUGGCCGCACUCAACUGUCAGGUACCUCCGUGCCGCUGGGACGCGAAAUGGGAAGCGGAGUCGUGUUGGGGUCGCGUCUGCUCGCGGUGGCGUUGUGUUGCCUCGUCUCGGGCUGCAGAGGUAACAUAACCGUGGCCGUGAUGCUCCCGGACAACCACCACAAAUACCCGUGGGCUCUGCCGCGCGUCCUCCCAGCCAUCCUCAUGGCGCACGAGGACUUACACGCCAAGCACGGGCUGCUGCUCGGUCGCUCCAUGAACAUCCUCAACUACAGCACUGAAGACCCCACCGCGGGCUCGUGCGCCGAGAGUCGGGCGCAGGUAGUGGCAGUGGAUGCCAAGCUGUACUUCCGGCCGGAUGCUUUCUUCGGGCCCGGGUGCGUGUACCCUCUUGCCUCCGUGGGGCGUUUCGCGUCCCACUGGAAGCUCCCGCUGAUCACAGCCGGGGGACCAGCGUACGGCUUCGACAAACGGGAUGAGUACCGGACUAUCGUGCGGAGCGGACCGUCCACCACCAAGUUGGGGGACUUCGCCAACGUUCUCCAUACGCACUUCAACUGGACGUCCCGGGCCGUUGUGGUCUACUACGACCUGCGGCAGGACGACCGGCCUCACUACUUCCUCUCGGAGGGGAUCUACUGGAACCUGAAAGAGGAGAUGAACAUCACGGUGGAGGCCCAUCCGUAUGAGGACGACAGCAAAGAAUACAAAGACAUCAUAGCUUCCAUGAAGGAGCACGGGAGAAUCAUAUACAUCUGCGGUCCCUUGGACACCUUUCUGAGCAUCAUGAAACUGUUCCAGAGUGAGAUCCAGGACCCGCAGAACUAUGCGAUCUUCUACUUGGACGUGUUUGCUGAAAGCUUGGUCAAUCACAAACCAUGGCAGAGCUCUGACCCUGACUGGGCAGAUCCCAUCAAAGUUUUCAAGUCUGUAUUUGUCAUCACUUACCGGUCUCCUGAUAAUCCAGAGUACAAAGAAUUCCAGAAAAAGCUCCAUGCCAGAGCUCGGCGGGAUUUCGGCGUACAUUUAGAACCAUCACUGAUGGACUACAUCGCUGGCAGCUUUUAUGAUGGAUUUGUGCUCUAUGCAAUGGCUUUGGAGGAGACGCUGGCAGGCGGUGGAGCGCAGAACGAUGGCAUAAACAUCACAAUGCGGACUCAGAACCGACGGUUUUGGGGAGUGACCGGACUUGUCACCACAGACCACAAGAAUGACAGGGAUAUAAACGUCAACCUCUGGGCGAUGACCAACCAGGACACAGGAGAGUACGGGCUUGUUGCCUGUUAUAAUGGGACCACGAAAGACAUCAUUUGGUCCCAGACAGAGAAGAUUCACUGGCCCAAUGGGGGCCCGCCACUGGACAACCCCCCCUGUGUGUUUUACCCAGAUGAUCCCUCCUGCAAUGAUGGUCAUCUACCAGUUCUGGGCAUUGUUGCUGUAGGGUCUGGCUUAGCGCUCAUCAUUUUUGGAAUCUCCAGUUUCCUCAUUUACAGGAAACUGAAGCUAGAGAAGGAGCUGGCUGGAAUGCUGUGGAGGAUUCGGUGGGAGGACCUUCAGUUUGAGAGCCCCAAUAAAUACCACAAACGCGCCGGCAGUCGACUCACCCUCUCACAAAGAGGCUCCAGCUACGGCUCCUUGAUAACUGCCCAUGGAAAAUAUCAGCUAUUUGCAAAAACGGGCUAUUUUAAGGGGAACCUGGUGGCCAUCAAGCACGUCAACAAGAAAAGGAUAGAGUUGACCAGACAAGUUCUACUAGAACUAAAACAUAUGAGAGAUGUUCAGUUCAACCAUCUAACCAGGUUCAUCGGGGCCUGCAUUGACCCACCCAACAUCUGCAUUAUAACAGAGUACUGCCCCAGAGGGAGUCUGCAGGACAUUUUGGAGAAUGAGAGCAUCAACCUGGACUGGAUGUUUCGCUACUCACUCAUCAAUGACAUAGUGAAGGGAAUGAAUUAUCUCCACAACAGCUACUUUGGCUGCCAUGGAAAUCUGAAGUCAUCCAAUUGCGUCGUAGACAGUAGAUUUGUUUUGAAAAUCACAGAUUACGGGCUGGUCAGCUUCCGCUCAUCCAGUGAAAAUGACGACUCGCACGCGCUCUACGCAAAAAAGCUUUGGACAGCGCCCGAGCUGCUUAUAUAUGACCGGCAUCCUCCUCAAGGGACUCAGAAGGGUGAUGUGUACAGCUUCGGCAUCAUACUGCAGGAGAUCGCCCUAAGAAACGGGCCCUUCUAUGUUGAGGGCAUGGACCUCAGCCCCAAAGAGAUUGUACAGAAGGUGAGGAACGGUCAGAAGCCUUACUUUCGACCAACGACAGACAACAGAUGCCACUCAGAAGAGCUCACAAUCUUAAUGGAAGGAUGCUGGGCUGAGGAUCCUGCGGAGAGGCCCGACUUUGGCCACAUCAAGAUUUACAUGGCCAAACUCAACAAGGAGGGCAGUACCAGUAUUCUUAACAACCUGCUGUCCAGGAUGGAGCAGUACGCCAAUAAUUUGGAGAACCUUGUGGAGGAGCGAACACAAGCCUAUCUGGAGGAGAAACGAAAAGCCGAAAACCUGCUCUAUCAAAUUUUACCACAUUCUGUAGCAGAGCAGUUGAAGCGAGGGGAGACGGUGCAGGCAGAAGCGUUCGACAGCGUCACCAUUUACUUCAGCGACAUCGUGGGCUUCACUUCCAUGUCUGCAGAGAGCACGCCCUUGCAGGUUGUCACACUGCUCAAUGACCUUUACACCUGUUUUGAUGCCAUCAUUGAUAACUUUGAUGUUUACAAGGUGGAGACCAUCGGUGACGCCUACAUGGUGGUUUCGGGUCUGCCCGUGCGGAACGGGAAACUUCACGCCAGGGAGAUCGCUGGAAUGUCCCUGGCUUUGUUGGAGCAAGUCAAAACGUUCAAGAUCCGACACAGACCCAACGACCAGCUGAGACUGAGGAUAGGCAUACACACGGGUCCAGUCUGUGCUGGUGUGGUGGGUUUGAAAAUGCCCAGAUACUGUUUGUUUGGAGAUACUGUCAACACAGCAUCUCGUAUGGAGUCUAAUGGGGAGGCCCUGAAAAUUCACGUAUCCUCGGCCACCAAGGAAGUGCUGGAUGAGUUUGGAUACUUCGAUCUCCAACUACGAGGAGAUGUAGAAAUGAAGGGCAAAGGCAAAAUGAGAACAUACUGGCUUCUUGGGGAGAAGACGGAUGUGUAUGUGAUUUGAGAGGCCUGCUGAUAACGUGGCAGUGAUGACAGCCGAAGCUGCGAUGGCCGAGCCACUACUUUAUUUGUUCUAGAAUAAGUCCUUAAAGGUGAUUUCCGUGCCGAGGAAAAGUAAACAACACCAUAUAACAUAAACAAUAAAAUCCCAGGUAUAUUUAUUACCUGCAUACUGUAACUGCAAAAAAGAGAGAAGAUUGUAAAAUGUGCUUUUGUAUGAAGACUCUUUCUGUCCUGAUAGUGAGUACUUUUCACUGACAAAUUCUUAUUUUUUGUGCUCUCUAUAUCUAGAUUUGUAUAAUGUGUUUGAAAGUAAAUGAUGUAAUAAUAUUCCCUUGAAAUAUCUAUCAGAAUUUGGAGGCACAAUCUUACAACUGAUCACUGCAGGGGUACAUAAACCAUGUUACACAGUACAAAGUAAUAUGUAAAUAUGUAUAUCCAAGAUACUGUAAGAUAUUUUGUUCAAUAAACUGAAUAAAACACUUUUUUUCAGUA